AUGACGGUUACUUGGUCAAUGGGCCCUGGUACCUUAGAAGUUCCAUUAUCUCUAUUUGCUAAAAAUAGGGAAAGGCUUGCAAAAAAGCUUAAAAAUGGGCAAAUAGUUAUAUUUCAAGGUGGCGAUAGCAUAAACCACUAUGACACGGAUGUGGAAUAUGUUUUUAGACAGGAAUCAUACUUCACUUGGAUAUGUGGAGUUCGGGAGCCAGGUUGCUACUUUGCAUUGGAUGUUGGCACAAAAAAGGCUUAUUUGUUUGUACCACGCUUACCUGAAGAGUAUGAAGUGUGGAUGGGGAAACGUUUGUCAUGUGCAAAUUUCAAAAAUAUAUAUGCAGUUGAUGAAGUAUACUACGUUGACGAGCUUCAAGAUGUGUUGAAACGACUAAAACCAGAGGUGCUUCUGACCCUUAGUGGACCUAACACUGACAGUGGACUUACGGCUAAGGAAGCAAUAUUUGAAGGGAUUAAUGAAUUUAACGUCGAUAACGAAACGCUAUUUCCCAUUAUCGCUGAACUACGCGUCAUAAAAACACCAGAGGAGAUUGAAGUAAUGCGUUACGUGUGCAAGACUUCUUCUGAUGCCCAUAAACAGGUGAUGCUUCACGCGAAGCCCGGCUUAUUGGAGUACCAGUGCGAAUCGGUAUUCCUAGACCACUGCUACCGUGUUGGAGGAUGUCGUCACGUCUCUUACACGUGUAUUUGCGGGUCCGGCGAUAACUCAGCCAUUUUACACUAUGGCCAUGCAGCUGCCCCUAAUUGCAAAAUGAUCCAAAAUGGUGAUAUGUGUUUAUUCGACAUGGGGGCCAACUAUGCUGGUUAUGCUGCGGAUAUAACGUGCUCAUUUCCUGCCAACGGGAAGUUUACAGACGAUCAGAAGUUAAUCUACGAAGCCGUACUGGCGGCAAGGGAUGCGGUUUUCAGGGAAGCAAAACCUGGUGUGAAAUGGACCGAUAUGCACUUAACUGCGAACAGAGCGAUGCUCGAACACCUCAAGCGAGGCAAUCUGCUAAAAGGAGACGUUGAAGAAAUGAUCAAGCAUGGUAUAAACGGAAUUCUCCAGCCGCACGGUCUGGGCCACCUGCUGGGGCUGGACGUGCACGACGUGGGCGGGUACCUGGCGCACUGCCCGCCGCGGCCGAGCGGCCCGCUCGCGAGGCUGCGCACCGCUCGACUGCUGCAGCCCGGUAUGGUACUCACCGUGGAGCCAGGUUGCUACUUUAUACCGAAGCUUUUGGAUAGUGCACUGAACAACCAAGAACAAGCUAGGUUCUUCAAUUGGGAUAUGGUGGACAAGUACCGAGGCUUCGGCGGGGUCCGCAUUGAAGAUGACGUCCUAAUUACUGAAAAUGGAAUCGAAGAUCUAACCUCUGUUCCAAGGACGGUCGCUGAAAUUGAAGCCUUCAUGGCUAAUGGUGCCAAUUUUAAAUAA